GAGUUUAUAUUAUCAAGGUUAAAUAAAAAAUAAGCUCUCUUUUUCUCUUUUUUUGAGAGAGAAAAGGACAGAAAAAUAUAUUUAUCGAUUAAUAAUUACAGUUAACAUACGGGUUAAAAUGUUUGUUUUUAAUCUGCAUUUUCCCCCUAAAGGCGCACCUGCCAAUUCGUUGUGUUUGCGGAUCUUAUCGAUGAACUCGUCGGCUAAGCCCAUCCGAGGGAGGUGAAAGGAACGGCAUUGUUUGAAAACAUGGAGGCUAAUGGAGUUCGGUUUUACACACAAAGAAUAGCCUUUAUAGUGAUGCAUUUACAUGAGAUGUGGAAAUAGAGCGUUUUGAAAUCCAGGUUUUUUUAUAUUUUAACUUGAACACCAUAAACAUCGUCACAACUCAUGAGCACCAUGGAUGGCGCCGAAUCUGUCCGUUCUGGUCGCAGUGAUCGCUCGGAACGAUCCCACCGUAGCCACGCCAGCAAUCACAAUCGUCAUCACACCCGGCAGCCAGGGUCGCGACCUCCGAGUCACAGAGGUCGCAGUGGAGAGCGGUAUGACCGGGGGAGGGACUGUGACGAGCGGUCGGUGACAAUCAAAACACCUGGGCCAAUGUCCGGGGACGAGGAGGAGGAACGCAUAGAAGUUCAGGUGAUCCCGCAGGAUGACAACUGGGGCGACAACACGACGGCGAUCACCGGUAACACCAGCGAGACAGGCUUCUCCAUGGAGGACAUGCACAAGUUCUCUAAAGACCUCGACGACAACACCGGCUUCGGCUGCGCGCGCUACGUUGGGACUGCACUCGCCGCCCUCCUCAGCAUCUUCGGCUUCCUCUCGCCAAUCGCCAUGUUGGUGUUACCCAAAAUCGGAAUCGUCGACUGGAACGUCGUCGAGGUUGCGGGGGUCAAGGUCACGAACGAGGCACUCAUGGAGUGCAAGCCGGAGUGCGAGGGCCUCCUGAUCAGCUUUUCGUUUAAACUGUUGAUUCUCUUCAUGGGAACGUUCGCGCUGUUUUUCCGACGCCCGAAAGCGACCAUGCCGCGGGUGUUCAUCUUCCGAGCAGUCGUUCUCUUUCUCGUGUUUGUGUUGACCUUUGCCUUCUGGCUGUUCUACGGUGUGAGAAUAUUCAAAGACCGUAAAGCUACGUAUUACGGGAUUGUACAGUUUUCUGUUUCUCUCAUCGAUGGGCUGCUGUUCAUACACUAUCUCGCGAUCGUUCUGUUGGAAAUCCGACAGCUACAGCCGCAGUUCGUUCUCAAUGUGGUGCGGUCGCCGGACGGUGAAAGUCGCUGCUACAACAUCGGCAUAUACAGCAUACAACGAGCGGCCGUGUGGGUCUUGGAACAGUAUUACAAAGACUUCCCCGUUUAUAAUCCGUACUUGGAAAAUGCGACGCGACGCACAACCAAAUUGACUGGGUACAAGGUGUACGACGUCGACGGAGGUACGAAUAACGUGACGCAGCAGGGCCGGUCACGUGCGGUGUUUGCGGCUGCUGCACGUCGCCGUGACGCCAGCCAUAAUGACAGGUUUUAUGAGGAGCAGGAGUACGAGAGGCGGGUCCGGAAACGCAGAGCCCGAUUGGUUGUCGCCGCGGAGGAGGCGUUCACGCAUAUCAAGCGGAUGCAUGAUGAACAUGGAGCCGCUAUUCCGAUGGACCCACAGGAAGCAGCCCAAGCCGUGUUUCCCUCCAUGGCCCGGGCACUCCAGAAGUAUCUGCGGAUCACGCGCCAGCAGCCGCGCUACAAGAUCGAGUCAGUGCUGUCUCACCUGGCGAACUGCAUCGCCCACGACAUGAGUCCACAGUCAUUCAUCCAGAGAUACCUGACGCAGGGCGCCGUCAUCCUCAAUGACAAGGACUACAGCUCCGUGGCGCGCUGGGUGCUCGUGUGUGACCAGCUGCUCACACGCGAGAUCGAGCACGGCUGGUUUUUCCAGCUGCGUCACGGCGACGUGUCGUUAAUGUGUACUGUGCGUCGUAUUCCACAUUUCAGUCUGACAGAGGAGGUGAUUGAUCCAAAGAAUAAUAAGUUUGUUUUACGACUCAAUUCCGAAACGUCGGUUUAGUGAUAGUUUUGUAACUGUUCUGAGGGUUUUUUAUAUCCCUGAUAUAACAUGUUGCUACUGUGAACUGUGCAUCAAAACAACACAUGAUGUUGCUCCUGACAUAUGUUGCUACUGUGAACUGUGCAUCAAAAAAACACAUGAUGUUGCUCCUGACAUAUGUUGCUACUGUGAACUGUGCGUCAAAUAACACAUGAUGUUGCCCCUGACAUAACAUGUUGCUAAUUUGAAUUGUGCGUCGGAUAACACAUGAUGUUGCCCCUGACAACAUAUUGCUAAUGUGAACUGUGUGUCAUGUAACACAUGAUGUUGCCCCUGACAUAACAUUUUGCUAGUGAAAAUUGCGUCAAAUAACACAUGAUGUUGCCCCUGACAACAUAUUGCUGAUAUGAAUUGUGCGUCAGAUAACACAUGAUGUUGCACGGAGUGUUGGAUUCCACAUUUAACUGGUGGAAAAAGUGAUUGAUCCCAAGUGUAGCAAGUUUGCUUGACAACUCCGUUCUGAAACAUCGGUUUAGUGAUAGUUUGUAACUUAUCUGUGAGGUUUUCUGACAUGUGAAUUGUGCAUCAGAUUCCACAUGGUGAGUACUGAGAGAAGUGAAUGAUCUUGGAGUAACAAGUCUGUUUUAUGACUGAAGUCAGAAACAUUGGUUUAGCAAAAAUUUGUCGGUAAUCAGUUUGGUUUGAUGUUUCAUAAAUGUCUAAUGGAAGAAGUGAUCGACUCCCCCACCUACCCUAAAGUAAUAAGUUUGUUUUAUGACUGAAUUCUGAAAUAUCAAGUUUGGUGAUAACUUGUCACUGAUCUAGGUGUUUUCAGAUGUGACGUGUUGCUGAUUUAAUGUGAAGUGUGUGUCAGAUUCCACAUUUUAGUUGAUUGAUCAAAAACAGCUGAAUUUUUUCAUUCGAUCUGUGUGUCAAACUCCCACAUUCAGUCAAAUGGAAUAGGUGAUCGACUCGAAGAGAAAUAAGUUUAUUUGAUAAUUGAAAUGUUAAACACCAAAGCAGUUACUGUUUUUUUUAGCUGUGACAUAUCACUAAUGUGAACUGUGCAUCAGAUUUCACAUUUCAGUUAACUGAAAGAGGUGAUAGAGUUCAUUCUAUGACCAAAUUCCAAAACAUUAGUUAGCAAUAACUCUGCAUUGAUCAAACACAUCUAGAGUUUUCACAAACAUGAACUGUGCGUCAGAUUCUACAUUUCGUUCUAAUGGAAUAGAUGAUUUACUGUGAAUGAAAUGUGAAACUUCAUCAAAGCUGUUUUAAAAAAUGAAUUUUAACUUUGAUAUAUCACUAAUGUGAACUGUGCGUCAAAUUCCACAUUUCAUUCUAAUGGAUUAGAUGUAUUACUGUGAAUGUGAAACUUCAUCAAAGUUGUUUUAAACAUUUAUUUUUAACUUUGAUAUGUCACUAAUGUGAAAUGUGCGUCAAAUUCCACAUUUCAUUCUAAUGGCCUAGAUGAUUUAAUGAUAGGCUGUCACUGAUGUGUGUGCUGUUCUGUAGAUUAUGUCCACUGUGCGUCAGAUUCCACAUAUGAAACUAACAGAGGAAAUAAUGGACCAGAAAGUAACAAGUUUAGUUUUUUUUCUGUAACUGAAUUCUGAAUUUCUGUUUAAAGGAUAACUGGACACAGAUUGAAAACACGACUGGUUUUAAUUUGCAAGAUGUGAGAUAUCACUCAUGUUUAUUUUGCGUCAGAAUCCAAUCGAGUCCAAGAAAAAGGAAUGAUUAACUUAAGAGCAAUAAGUUUGUUCUACUUAGAUUUUUAAAGUGUUUUGGUUUGUGAUAAUAUUUCAUAGAUUAAACAUGAUUAGAUUGGGUUUGGGGUUUUUUCUCAGCUGUGAAAUGUGCAUUGUUUGUAGAAUUUCAGAUAUUACUUGUCAAAUUUCACGUUUUAGUUUUAUUGAAAAAAAAAUACUGCUUACAAAAGUAAUAGGUUCAAUUAUGUUAUACAACAGACUUCAAAAAUAUUUAGUAUAUAUGUAGUAAAUAUUUGCAGCUGUUAAAAAAAAUGAAUAUGACUGGGCUUUUUCUUAAAUUUGAACUGAUGAUGUAUUGGUUAUAUGUGUAUUGUAUGUCGAAUUCCACAUAUAUCCAUCUAAAGGAGAAAGCUGGCUUUUAAAUAUGCAUUUUCUGCCUCACCCACCUACCCAAAUCAAAGGGGUUUUAAGCUCUAUCUCUCUUUUUGGGUGACAUAUGAUUGUAUUUAUUUAAAGUAUGGCUAGUGAAUUUUUAAUCAUGGCUAGUAAAUUUUUUAAAUCACUGAUCCCAUGGCUAGUGGAUUUUAUAAUAUUCUAGAAGUCCUGAUAUAAGCACUGUCCCAGAAUAGUUACACCAGAUGGUUUUAUGAUUUGCAUCAAUGUUUCUGUCCCAAUAGCCGAUGUAUUUUUCGUGCUGGGGUGUCAUUAAACAUUCAUUCAAUGUUUCUGUCCCAAUAGCCGAUGUAUUUUUCGUGCUGGG